AUGACGGAUUGGAGCCCCAGUUCGUGGACUACCAAACCCAUCAAACAAGAUGUGGUUUACGAAGAUAAACAGGGUGUGAAGGAUGCGCUGGAGAAGUUGCAGAAGCUCCCACCGCUAGUCACCACUCAAGAGAUCAACAAUCUCAAGGCUAGCUUGAAGAAUGUUGCCCUGGGGAAAGCGUUUGUCUUGCAAGGAGGCGACUGUGCGGAGCUAUUUGACUACUGCAACCAGGACAUGAUUGAAGCCAAAGUCAAACUGCUGCUUCAAAUGAGUUUGGUUCUUAUCUGGGGAGCUAACAAACCCGUCAUUCGUAUCGCUCGAAUUGCGGGCCAAUUUGCCAAGCCACGUUCAAGUCCCACAGAGAUUGUCAAUGGAGUGGAAAUGCCCUCUUUCCGGGGUGACAAUAUCAAUGGCUUCGAGGCAGAUGCAGUAUCUCGACAGCCUGACCCAUCCCGUCUGGUCUCAGCAUACUUCCACUCUGCGGCAACACUAAACUACCUCCGCGCCUCGUUGUCUUCUGGUCUAGCAGAUCUGCACUCCCCAUUAGAUUGGGGCCUCGGUCACGUCAUCACCCCCUCAAUCAAAGAGCAAUACAGCAAGAUUGUGAGCGCCGUCAAGGACGCACUACGCUUCAUGCGUACAGUCGGUAUCGACAAAGAUCGCGGCGUCGAGACGGCCGACAUCUUCACCAGCCACGAAGGUCUAUCUUUAGAAUACGAGCAAACACUCACCCGACUCCUACGCAAUCCAAUUGAGCGCAAGCACACCGGGGCAGCUGCUCAGCAGCCCACAUCCGGCUUCUAUGCAACUUCCGCUCAUUUCCUGUGGAUCGGUGACCGAACGCGCCAGUUAGACGGAGCUCACGUAGAAUUCUUCCGCGGAAUCGCCAAUCCGAUCGGUAUCAAGAUCGGGCCCAGCAUGGCGGCGGACGAUCUAGUCAAGCUCCUAGACGUGGUGAACCCAACUAAGGAAAUUGGCAAAGUUACGUUGAUCUCGCGGUACGGUGCGAGCAAGAUCGCCCAGUUCCUGCCUGGCCAUAUCGCUGCUGUGCAGGCAUCCGGCCAUAUUCCCGUCUGGCAAUGUGAUCCCAUGCAUGGGAAUACACAGGCCACGCCGUCGGGUGUCAAGACUAGACAUUUUACCGAUAUUCUCGCGGAGCUACGGCAGGCAUUGGAGAUCCAUCGUGCGGCUGGAUCGUUCCUUGGUGGUAUGCAUCUGGAGUUGACUGGUGAAGCUGUUACGGAGUGUGUCGGUGGUGCAGCUGGGUUGACGGAGGAUGGGCUUGGAGAACGGUACACAACUUUCUGUGACCCUCGUUUGAAUGAGAAGCAAGCGCUUGAGCUUGCUUUCCUUGUUGCCGGGUUCUAUCGUGAGGAAGAAGAGGACUAA